GUUCGUUUUGCAGCGAGCUGAUUGUUAAAACAAAAAACAGAAUUAUUUAUCUAAAAAACAUAGAAUUGCUAUGGUUGUACCAUAAAAUCAACGUAAAUCUGGUUGAGCAAGACAAGAGAUAUACCAUAUGAAACUAUUGUCUGUUUUCCUCUAAUGAAACAAGAAUAAUUAUUGUCAAUUGUCAGAUGGAAUCAAUAUGCCACUGCAAUAGCAUAUUGCACGUAUCUCAAAUGCAAUCGAAUAACUGCCAGCUGGAACUGAACAUUUUAUGAAAAUACACCGGUGAUGGCUGCUCCACAACCGGGAUUUGUGCUGGUGCUACUGGUGUGGUGGUGCGCGGGGUACGCAGCGGGGCAGGCGUCGGAGGGGUACUCAGCUUGGCAGGCGCCGCAACCCCGACUUGUUGUUGCACCGACGGGGACAUUUGUCUCCGUGCUGAACUCCUUCAUGGCGACUGGCGAGGCCUACGACAGCCUGCCCGCCAGCAGCCUUUGUCAGUGUCGGCAGCAGUGCUUUGUAGACCCGCGGUGCAUGGCUCUGUCGUACCACCCUGGGCAAGAGAGGUGCUACCGCAGCAAGUAUCCAACCCCAAACUCCAACAUCCCUGGCGCCGUCUACGAAUAUAAAGUGAAGUCCCUGACGCGAGGCGACGAUGGGCUGUUCUACGUCACUUUGGACACGCCAUUGAUUCCAAGAGAUCGCUGCGUGCAAAUGUGCUCCAACAUGACUGGCUUCCAUCUUCCCUUCGCCAAAACUCGAGUCUCCAUGGAUUACCUCAGAAGCUUUCCUCGUACCUUCAUCGGACUGACGAAGAAUAGGGCAACAGGAGCCAUAACGUGGGAUGACGGCACUCCGCUGAACCGUGUCGCCUUGGGACUUUCUUCUGAACCCUUUAUCAAUAAUGGGUGUGGUACUGACGCUACAUCACCUUCUCCCGUCAUCUUCGUAAUGUAUAACGGCCUCAUUGAUGACACGUGCACUCACGGCAUGUGUGCUUGCCAAGCGGACUUCAGCGCAGGCAACAAUUGAUUUAACGAGGUGGCCCAGUGGUUAAAGUUCCUGAGUAUCAAGA